UGAAAGAAUACAGACAGUGCAUGGAUGGUGAAAGCAAAGACAACCAAAGCAAUCAAACUGAUGAUGGAAUAACAAGUGCCAACUCACCACCAAGCAAACUGUCACAGCAAUGCCAGAAUGAGGUAUAUAGAGAUGAAGUCGACGACUAUCCUCUACCAUCUCCCCCUCCCAUGUUUGUGCCUGAUGCAACUCCAUUACCCCCACUCCCUGACGAGAAAGUACUACUUGCAAUGGGUGACCCUCCAUCCUUGCUGCCACCUGUGUCUCCACCAUCACCUCCUCCUGUGUCGCAACCUAUGUCUCCACCGUUACCUCCUCCUGUGUUGCCAUCUGUGCCUGCACCUGCUUUGCCAUCAAAGAGUAGAAAACGAAAGCAAGUAAGUCUCUGUGCACAUGUCAUGAAAGUACAAAGGCAGAAGGUAGCAAGAGCUGAUGUGAACCCAAACAGCCCCAUCGAUGUGGAUGACUACCAGGUUUCCAUGCAACCACAACAUCCAAAGCAAUGGUUACAAGAGCUCGGAUUGGACAAUGGGGAUAGAAAGACUAUUCAGUCACCAACGGGUUGGCUGAAUGACAAUGUCAUCAACGCAGCCCAGCAAUUACUGCAGAAAGCCAAUCCAGCUAUGCCAGGCCUCCAAGAUGUUGCUUUGGGGUUGACUUUGUCAUUUCAAGUGCAGCCUCAAGAGUUUGUACAGGUACUGCAUGAUGGACAUGCUCAUUGGUUGACUGUGUCCAACAUUGGACUGCAACACUCUCACGUACACGUGUUCGAUAGCUUACGUUCUCCAGCCUUCUUGUGACAAAAGAGCCCCACAUCACCCUGGAGUACAUAGAUGUUCAGCGACAAGUGGGAGGAUCAGACUGUGGCCUGUUUUCGAUAGCAUUCGCUACUGCAUUGGUUUUUGGACAACACCCUGGACAACUGGUGUUUGACCAAACGCAGAUGCGAACACACCUACUGCAAUGUUUGGAAGCUAGUGAAAUGUUACCGUUUCCCGUGAAGAAGAUGAAGCGCACGAUACAAAUGAAGGCAAUUCAGAAAGUAAAAGUGUACUGUGUAUGCCGCAUGCCGUCCUGCACCAACUCUGACUGAAUAGAAUGCUAUACCUGCAAGGAGUGGUAUCACAGUGACACAUGUGUCAAUGUGUCCAAAAGCUUGCUGCACCCAAGAAGGCCGUGGAGCUGUACCAAAUGCAAUCCUGCUUGAUUGAACACCUAGUCAUUAUUGCUGCCUUGAAAUAAUAGUAUCUCAAUGGGAACACAUGAGCACAUUUAAACUGAAUGCUGUGUGUGUGUGUGUGUGUGUGUGUGUGUGUGUGUGUACUAUGUCUCGUUGCUACCUCACCAUGGAGGUGCAGCGGGGUCUCCACCCCCAACAGGGCACCCACCAACCCGGCGGGAAGGUCCCAGAAAGGUACAUGCUUCUGUGAAGUCCACUUGGCGAUCUGACAGCCGAUAAGACAGUCAACUGCGCAUUGCGAUGAUGUUGUAUGUAUGUUUGUAUAUCUGUCUGUAUGUGUGUAUGUACAUGCUAUGAGCAAUCUAGAAAUUGGCACAGUUACAUGCAGGAUUCUAAAAACACAGUGCACAACUUAAAUUGUCACACAGCAAGGCAUGAUUCUGAAUAACACAAUGAGCUUUGACAUGAAUUGUUUGUCAUGAACUGACAAGACAAUAUAGAGUUCAUCACCAAGCAGGUGUUACCAUGCAAUCUGGAUAAGUAGCAAUUCAAAGCACCUACAUACAUACA